CGCUGGAAUGUAAGCCAGUACUUUUACAACGCUGGGCUGACUGAACGCAAGGUACAAUGGCUCCAGCUACCAGAUGGGCGAUCUGCUCAGCUGGAAAGAUCAGCCACGACUUUGUGGUCGCAUUGAGAACCCUGCCUGCUGAUGAGCAUGAGGUGGUGGCUGUGGCAGCUCGUGACAAGGAGCGUGCACAGGAGUUUGCGACACGGCAUGGCAUAGCACGCGCAUAUGGCUCCUAUGAAGAGCUGGCAGCCGACCCCGACAUGGAUGUAGUGUACGUGGGCGCCAUCCACCCACAGCACUCCCCUCUGACCUUGAUGAUGCUGCGUGCGGGAAAACAUGUGAUGUGUGAGAAACCGCUCACCAUGACCCUGGCGCAGACGAAGGAACUCACCGCCACAGCACGCAGCACUCGCCGCUUCCUCAUGGAGGCCUUCUGGUCGCGCUUCUUCCCCGCGUACGAUGAGGUGCGAGCAGCGCUGGCGGAGGGCCAGGUGGGAGAAGUGCAAGUGGUACGCACGGAGUUCGGGGUGAGGAUGUUGAACGUGCGUCGCGUGGUGGAACCUGAGCUGGGUGGAGGAGCCCUGCUCGACAUCGGCUGCUACUGCCUGCAGUUCAUCUCCAUGGCGUUCGGCGCCGAGCGCCCACUGUCCAUACAUGCCUCUGGAUUUCUCAACGCAAACGGUGUUGAUGAGACUGUGACGGUGGUGCUCAAGUACUCACGAAAGCGCAUGGGCAUCUUCACCUGCAGCUCCGCAUACAAGCUAGCCAAUGAGGCCUGCAUCUUUGGCACCAAGGGUUCAAUCAAGAUCCCUGAUACGAUGUGGAGUCCAUCGAAAGUGAUAAUCAAUGGAGAGGAGAAGGAAUUUGUGCUGCCCCCACCGUCCAUACCACUCAACUUCAUAACUAGCACCGGCAUGAGAUACGAGGCUGCUGAGGUCCGCCGCUGCCUCCUGCAGGGUCUUACGGAGAGUCGCGUAAUGCCUCUGGAAGAGAGCGAGCUCCUGGCUGGAAUUAUGGACGAGAUUCUGCAGCAGCUGGCAGCAGUUUGACGUCACUGGUGUCCAGGGGAGAACCACCGUUAGCAGCUACAAACCGCAAACACCAAUUACAACCAUUUUUCCCACAGCCAUACGUGAUAAUACAACAAAAACUCAACACACUCACCAAAAAAUCGGCGACGUUAUGACACUAUCAGCAAUAAUCUCCAACAACAGUCACAAAAAACUAUCCACCAACCAUAUCCAUCAACCAAAAUAACUAUUGCAAACAGAACCUUCAGUCAGCAAUUCUGUACUGGUCUUGUGCCUUUUAAAGGUUGUUUUCCUCUCAGUGCUUUACAUGAGCAAAUAACUUACGUCUGUGAAAUGCAGUUAAUGCAUGCACAAUAGGGCUCGUGCAACUAUAGUUUGGAUGUGUGCUAUAAGGUAUGUUUUUUUGUAACAAAAUUGCAAGGGAGAGUUCACUCAUACCUCACUCCUUUGGCCUACACAGCAGAGGGCAGCACUUUCUCACCCACUCCGCAUAGUUUGUCCCAUAGCAAUCAAACAUAUACAGGGUGUUUGAAAAAUAUUGACCCGAUUUGAACUGCCUAUGAAUUAAACUCUUACCACUUAAAAGGGCGGGGCAUAGAGUUUCAAAUGAUUACCGCUAGAUGCCUCUCCCAUCGCACAAACAGCCCCUAGCCUCAGUCAUUCGCAAGAUGGUGACCCUGCAACACAAGGCAUUUUGCGUUCUGCAGUUCAGCAAUACUGAAUCCAUAAUUGCGGUGCAGCGUGCGUUUCAACGGCGUUUUGGCAUUGAUCCGCCAAUCUCAAAGAGCAUUCCUCAUUGGUACUGACAAUUUAAGGAAACAGGCUGUUUAUGUAAGGGGAAGAGCACAGGGCGACCAUGCACCUCAGAGGAAAACGUGAGAAGAGAGGCGUUUGGGACGAAUUCAACUAUCGUCUCGAUGUUGUCCGUACAGCAGGUGGAUGGCACAUAGAGCAUUUAUAAAAUGGUUAGUAAAACUUGAUAACUCAUUAGACCGUUUGUAACUUUGUGUGUAAUUGUAACAUGUUGCCAUCGUGAAAUAUGCUGCUUUGAAAUUGGGUCCAUCAUUUAAAACACACUGUAUUUUAAUUCUCAAAGGUGAAAUUCAUCCAAGUUAAGUGCAGAAGCAAAUUCAUUCUAAUGGUUUUAUGUGCAGUCAAUGGUGACCGGGAUGAGACCAUAAACUCGCUACACUUGAGGACCCAGUUGAAUCCCAGGUGAUUACCUGAGUUUGAACCCAAGAUCUUAGCGGUACCAGAUUAAGCCCCUUGAUGUUAAUGUUAAAUACAUUAAGGAUUUUUUAUCAUGACUUAAAGCUUUCGUGACUGCAGGAAUAACCUAUCUACGUGACUUUACCGAAAGAAUAUGUAAUACAUUUCAGAGUAUUAUCAUGCAUUAAUCAGAAUUAAAGAUUUCAUAGCCAACAAAAUGGCAUGGCCAAUAAUUUUGUAACAGUAAAGCAAAACUGCACUUCAGUACGGCAUAAUUAGGCAUAUUUAUUGCUAUGGGAUUAUGGAAAAUUUCUCCUCACCACUGCAGGACCUCUGAAAGUAGGAAUUGUCAUCUCUCAAUGCAUGUAUAUAAAUACAACCUGCCCCGUUCAUGAACAUUCCUAACUGGUAAUGUGCAUCAACUGAGACAAAAUAUUACGUUUAAUAGUAUGAUGAUACAGGACACAUCCUCCAUGUUGCUUUACAGUGCUACCUUUUGAAAGGCCACCUUUGUCCAAGGAUGGUGAUGGCUGAGAUUGCGGCUACGUGCCACCAGAGGGCAUGUGUUACCAGGUUUCUGUGAGGAAGGCAGUUCAGCAUCUCAACGUGCAUUCCCGUAACCACCCAUUUCUUCCAACAUAAAUUAGUAUGGACAUUCACCAUCACCAGCCAUUGUCAAUCUACUGCUGGAUGAAGCCCUUCCCCAAACUGGUGUCUUAUCACGAUCCUGCUUGGCUGCCAAUCCAUUAUUAUUCUUGACCAUGGGACAAACAAACAAAAUGAAAAUGUAAUUCCAUACCAUAGGCAAAUCUGUCACGAGGGUACAGCGAAUUUGAGCGACCGCCCAAGGCCUGCGCUUCGAUGUCACGGGUGUCAGAUGUAAUACUUCAGGUUUACCUUUUAAAGCGUCGGGGGACCCACGGUGGGAUUUGCCCUGGGUCUUUCACCCCCCUAUGAACUGCCCUGACCAUAGGGCAUUUGUGCUCAUGAUAUACAAUCACGUAUCAAUUUAAUGAACUGUAGGUAAGCUCAUUUGUUUUUGUUUACUUGUACACAAAAGAGCCUGCAGCUUAGUAGGCAGUAAGAUGCACUGUUGCGCGCCUAAUAUUUCAUGAGCAUGUCAACGUAUCCUCGAGGAAUCAGGAUUUGAAUGAACACAUCCACGUAUACGGUGGAAAUCUACAACCUUACAAUUCUGAAAGCAAUAGAAAGCAGUUUUGUGAUUUAUUAUAUUCCUGAUUAACUGACUGUUGCCUGUACUACUUAAAAGGUGAAAUGUACUUGAUUGGAUUUCAAUAAACUCUCCGCUUCCA